CAAAUUUCUUUACAACCAAUUAAUGAAUUAGAAUUAGAAAAUAACUCUGAGUCUGAAUUUAUAGUUACCAAAUUAAAAUCAAAAGGUAAAAAGCGAGUUAGUAGUGAAAUUGAAUCAAGUAAUAGCGAAUAUAUUGGAAAUAAUUCUGAUGAUUCAUUAAACCAAAAUAUACAAUAUUUGGAUUCAGAAAUUUGGGAAAAUUUAUUUUAUACAAAUAUUGAUAUUAAUAGUGAAUUAAUAGAUACAAAUGUUGAUGACUCUAGUGAAUCUAUAAUUAAUGAAUUAAUAAGUGGUGAAGAAAGUAAUUAUGAUAAUAAUGAACUAGCAAAUUGUAAAGUGAAUUAUAAUGAUUCUAGUGAAUCUAUAAAUAACAAAUUAGUAAAUAGCAAAGAAAGUGAUUAUGUUUCCAAUACCAAAAGUUUAUCAAGCCUUAAUGCUGACAAAACAACAAUUAAAUAG